GGAUUACUCAACCUGUUUGUUUCAUUGGACAGUGUCUGUCAUUCUUAUCUUUGUUCUUGUCUAUCUGUAAAUUCACACAUUCAAAUCGAAGUUCAACCCUGUAGUCCAUGGCUGACACAGUGAAGGUGAUAGAACAGUGUGAAGUUCGUCCUCCACCAGGUUCUGUUCCUUCAACCUCUAUCCCUCUUACUUUCUUCGAUCUUCCAUGGCUAUGUUGUCCACCUCUCAAACGUAUCUUCUUCUUUAACUUCCCUUAUUCCACCCAACAUUUCCUCCAAACUCUCCUUCCAACUCUCAAGAACUCUCUUUCCCUCACUCUCCAACACUUCUUCCCUUUCUCUUCCAACCUUCUCUUCCCUCCAAAGCCAAACCAACCUCACAUCCUCUACACACAAUCUAAUUCUCUCUCCUUCACAGUAGCUGAGUCAUCAGCAGAUUUCAACACCUUUGUCUCUGAUUCCCCAAAAGAUGUCACAGCUUUGCACCCUUUUGUUCCUGUCUUGCCCCCACCACAAACCUUAGAAGAUGGCACCUUUUUGAUCCCUCUCAUGUCCAUUCAGGUCACUGUUAUGCCCCAUUCUGCCUUCGCCAUAUGCAUCACUUUCAGACACGUGGCUGCUGAUGGAAAAUCUUUUCAUCACUUCAUGAAAUUCUGGGCCUCUGUUUGUAAGUUCAAUGGAGACUUGACUUUGGCUUCCCUUGCUAUACCAUUGCACAAUAGGGAUAUCAUUCAAGACCCGAAAGGUCUUAAGCACAUUUUCUUGCAGGAACUGUUGAACUUUUUACCAGAGAAUGUAGAGUCCAAGGGCGAAAUACGUGAUGUUCCUACUGACAUGGUGCGUCACACGUUUGUCUUGAGUCAUGAUCAUGUUGAGAAACUCAAGAAAUGGGUCUCCAUUAAAUGCAAAAGCCAUGAUCUAGAACUGCCACACAUAACAACCUUUGUGGUGACAUGUUCUUUGAUUUGGUUUUGUAAGGUGAAAUCAGAAGAGAUUAAAGCUGGUACUGUACUUUUCAAUAAUGAUGAGUCCUACAUCUUGGCCUUUAUGGCAGAUUGUCGUAAUCGUCCUGAAUUUUCCAUUCCGUUGGAAUACUUUGGAAAUUGUUUGGUUUGUGGCAAUGCUGAAGUCAAGAGGAGCAAGCUUGUUGGAGAAAAUGGUAUUUUGGAGGCAGCCAUUGCUAUUGGUAGUGAGGUUAGACAUUUGCAGCGAGGAACAUUUGAAGGGGCUGAAACAUUGAUGUCUAAUUUUACUGAAUUUGCCACGUUGGGGAAGCACAUGACAAUAAUUGCAGGGUUUCCAAGUCUUAAAGUGUAUGAAACUGACUUCGGGUGGGGAAAGCCCGAGAAGAGUGAAGUGGUUCAUGUAGAUAAUUCUGGAUCAAUUUCCCUUUCUGACUGUAGAGACAAAGAAGGUCGAAUUGAAGUUGGGUUAGCACUUGAAAAGAGUCAAAUGAAGAAAUUCAGUACCAUUCUGGAAGAGCAUCUCACAGAAAUUAGCGUUCUUGACUGAAAAAUUUCAUUCAUAUUCAUAUCAUAUGAAUUAAGCCCGAAGGUUUAUGUCUCUUUAUAUUACAACAAGCACAUGUUCAUAGAUUAAUCUUCUCCAAUAGUCAUGUUAUUGUUCUCUAUGGGACAAGGUUAUUGAACAUGGCACCAAGCAUAGCUAUAAUGUAUUUGUAACACCUUUUAUGAUUGUCUGUAUCAAAUAUACUUUCGGUCUAGUGGC